UUUUUAAUUAUAAAAUUCAUUAUUAAUAUUUAUUUUAAAUAAAUAUAAAUCGUUUUCAGUUAUUGCUUGCACCUACCCCAUAUAUAAUUGGCAUUCCCGCAAGUUUUUUGAUGUUUAAACGUAACUUUAAACUUCCCGAUGAUGUUUGGCUAGUAGAUUUGGAUUCUAAUAAGAUUGUUAAGCCAACUGGUAUAGAAGACUUGCCUCCGUUACCCGAACCAGAAGCCACAAUUCUUCAGAAUCAUUUGAAACAAGCGUUAGCGUCGAUGAGUAUGAGCCCGCAGCCAAUCAAAAAUCUUGAUAAAAUUCAACCUGGAGCGGUAAAUCGGCUUGUCGCCCAAGAGCCUCCGCCGCCACCGCUGACAACUGGAUUUAAUCCUCUAAUUUAUGGCAAUGAUGUGGAUUCUGUUGAUAUAGCAACACGAAUUGCUAUGGUGCGAUUUUUUAAUUCUCCAAAUUUGCUUGCAAAUUUUACGGAACACACGCGGACACUUCGGCUUUAUCCGAGACCAGUUGUUGCUUUUCAAAUUAACAGUUUCCUUCAAUCACGGCCAAAAGCGUCUUAUUUUCUCAGUAAAUUUGUACGAACACAGGCUGUAGAAUUUUUUGCAGAAUGGUCUCUCUGUCCUACAAAUUUAUCAUUUCAAAGAGUUCAUACUGGUGUAUUCGAUCCAACGCUCGUUGGAGACAAAGCAAAAUGGUAUACUAAUCAGUUAGAACCAUUGCGAUUUAAUGUUUGGAAUGAAAACAGUUCACUCGGCAAUGCCCUUACAACUGCUACUCAAAAUGAUGAUUUAACUACAGAUGAAAGUGGAAGUGACAGUGAAGGAGCUGGCAGCACCAGUUCAUCUUAUUCUUCCCUGAGUGACUUUGUGUCAGACAUGGUUAAUAGCGACAUAAGUGGCGAUUUCACAGGAAUGAAUAUGGAAGAAACAGGAUACAGCCAAGUUCUUUUUGAUCACCGAGCAGUAUUUCAACCGCCGAGUACAUUACAACUACCUGGUACUGGUGUUACAAGCAGUGAUUCUGCCUUCUCUAUUCCUGGUUCACUUUCCACUUCUUCAUCACAAUCAUCACUUUCAAGUAGUCCAUCGUUUAACUGUGAUCCAGGUGAUAUAAACAAAACUAAAAACACUACUGAAACACCUGGCUUUCAUCCUUCUCCAUACAGAUCUGAAUUGCAGGAACAUGGAGAUGCCGAAGCUGAUGUAUUUAGCGGGCAAGAAGGCGAAACGUCGACGCUCACACCCUCGACGAUUCGAUCCGUUGUCUCUCCACUUCCUCCGCUUCCCGGACGUAGUCCCGUGGAGAGUUUGGGUAGCGACGUCGAAAGCACUCAAGAAAGAGAGCCUCCCGCGCAGCAUGCCACGAUAUCUAGGUUUCGUUCUGGAAGUUCUCUCACGACCGAGCCUUCUUUAGAUAAAAUCAUCCCAUCCAGCGGCGCGACUCCCGUACCCACUCCAACUCGUACAAUAAGCAUCAGCAGCGUUCUCAGUAGAGCCAGUAGCAUGAGCAGCAAUACUCUCACUCAACAAAAUAGCCAAACUUCAUUAUUAGAAACCGUUGCCAGAGAAGCUCGUGAAGUUGCUCGAGAGGCAAGCAAGGCAGCGGUCGAAGCGAGCAAGACGGCUUUGGAAGCAACUAAACCCGCUAGAGAAGCCGGUAGAAAGACUUUAUUAAAAAAUCUGCAAGUAUUGGGCGAACCUAUCAGUAGAGAACGAGAGAGACGCAUUCAGGAGUCGUCCGAAGUGGCCACGAGAGACGGCGUAUCGAGUUCGGGAUCUCUCAUAUCCACCAUGAGUAGCGAGCUGAACGGAAUUGCUUCGCAGACAUCCAGCAUGAUAUCAGGAUUGUUCACAGGCGGAAGGACCAGUACAACAACAAGAAAUAAAGAAAGACAGCAACCUUUUGGGCCAUUUCCGAAAGGGAGGAAAGGAUUAGUUGAGAAAACAUCACUUAUUAAACAUAGCAGUAGUCAACAAAAGAAACAGCAGGAAGUGCAGAGAAUACAAAAUAUAGAAGCUCGCAGUACAUCUCACAGCGAGAAUCAGCAGUUUCUAAAGGAGGUAUUAAAUGCCGUUCUGGACGGCGAAGGAGUGGGCUGGCUGAAAUUGAACAGAGUAAAAAAAUUGAUGGAGGACGAAAGUUAUCGAAAUUUAGUCGUUUCUAGGCUCAACAAGACACUGGAGAGAAAAGUAGGCCCAGACGAUCACAUCGAGGAUGUGUGUGUAAGUAAAGCCGUCUGGAGAGGAAUGCUGAAAAUGCUGACGGCCGUAGUCGCCGGUUUAGAACUCACCUACACGACCAAAGGCGUCGGAGGCAUGGCGAGUACGUUACAGGUGUUGGAAAUAGCUCACACGCAUUAUUGGGCGCGGGAACUGUCCGAUGAGCAAAAACUCGAUGCCGCGACGGCUACCACGGCAUCACUUUCUCAGGGAAGUAGUCCUUUUGGAAGUGGAGAAAAUCUUUACAAACAUCUUGCCGAUCCAACAAAAGAUGAACAUGCCGGAGUAUCUCUAGGAUCUAGCAAAAGUAGCACAAAUAGCAGUCCGUCUGACGUACCUCACAGAGGUUCUUCCGUGUCCAGUAGCGAUCGUGACGUACACGAGAGAGGCCAUUCAACCGACCAUCAUUAUAGAUCAGAGUUAAGCCCUCAGCGAUACCACGAAUCUGGCUAUACUGAUGUUCAAAUUACACCAUCUCCAGAAAGCUCUGAGCAUGAAGAAGCCUCCGACAUGUUUCGCAGUAUAAUUAAUGCCAAACGCAACAUCCUAUUCUCGAGGAUAACGAGCGUCGAUUCGGAAGUAUCCGAAACUGGAACGGCAUUGAGUCAAAGUUCCGACGCUGCCGUACCGAGUUGUAAUGCCAGCGACACGGGAAGUGUGACGACAAAUCCUGCAUAUUAUAGGAAUCUUCGCAUUAGUCAUAAUUCUUUUCGUUCUACAGUAUCUGACAGUGAGAUCGAAGCAGGAAAUUUUUUAGCCGCGCGACAAAAACGGACACCCAGCGUCUGGAGUAGCAAGAGUAGUCUGAGUGCCGGUUUUCGCUAUCACGGAGGUAGCAUGAUUAAUACAAGUUCCAAUCCGGGGCCGGAAUGCAGAAGGACGUACCUUUUUGAAGGUCUUAUUGGGAAAGAGAGACUUGGCCUUUGGGAUCAAGUACAAUUUUGGGAGGAUGCAUUUCUCGAUGCAGUUUCUCAAGAAAGGGAUAUGGUCGGAAUGGACCAGGAUCCUUCGGAAAUGAUGGAAAGGUAUCAAUCAUUGUCUGAAAUGGAUAAAAAAAGAUUAGAACACGAUGAAGAUAGACUGCUGUCUACGAUGCUAUACAACAUGGUUGCCUUUAUGGUAAUGAUGAAUGUAAAUAAAACCGAAAUUCGUCGCAAAACCUGUCGACUGUUGGGCAAAUGUCACAUCAGUUUAGUAUAUAGUGCAGAAGUAAACGAGUUAUUGGAUCAAAUAAAUAAUUUGAAUGGAAACGAUAUUGAUCUGAAGCCUUUAGGAAGUAGACAAAUGCACUGUCAAUCUUUCACUGUUCAUUCUGGUACAGAUGCUACGGGUGAUAUGUUAUUUAUGGAAGUCAGAGACGAUGGCAUAAUACUCCGGAGCAUAAAUGGAGCGAUCGUGGAAAGAUGGUGGUACGAAAGAGUGGUCAACAUGACUUUCAGUCCUCAGAACAAAGUUCUGUGUUUCUGGAAGAGAAAUGGUGGUCAGACUCAACUGCAGAAGUAUUAUACGCGAAAAUGUAAAGAUUUAUAUUAUUGUAUAAAAGAAGCAAUGGAAAGAGCUGCAGAGAGAGGAAAUGGUGCGAUGCCAGGGAAGGAGCUGGGAGGAGUGUUCCCAGUUCAGGACAUGAGAACGGGGGAAGGGGGGCUACUACAGGUGUGCAUGAAGGGUGUCGGCCUACUGUUUGCCAACAGCAAGUUCUUUGUCAGACUGGCGAACAUAAAGAAGUGCUUCACGCAGAAGGGAAGGAUGUUUGUGUUGGAGGAGUUCAAUCCCAAAACGAGGCAGGUGAUUCAACGGAAGUACAAAUCUCAGAUGGCUGACCAGAUUUGCUAUGCAGUCCUCUGCGUCUUCUCCUACGUGGCGGCCGGAUCGGAACGGCGGAAGCGGCGCGAGGCGGCGGCGGCGGCGCCCGAGGAACCCCACCGGUACGGAGGAAGACGGCACAAAAAGUGACCUUAGAGCGUCGGUGACGCCGGUACUCGACUUUUCGCCCAUCUUCCCGGUCCGCCGGCGCGCCGCGCCCCGGCCGUUCCCCCGCCGCCGGAGGACUCGGAGGACCGCGGCCGGAACCGCCUCCGUCUUCCGCUUCCGGGGCGGAGGGAGGAGGGCUCCGGAGGGCGGGGCGGAGGGGGUUCCGCCCCGCGGGAGGAGCCCACCGGCCGAAGAAUUUCCGUCGAUAUUUUCGUAGAAGUGGAAGAAGAAGAAGACGAGGAGGAGGAGGAAGGAGAAGAAGAAGAAGCGGUUGCGCGCACGCGUCGACGGCAAUAGCGUCCGCGGGCGGUGGUCGCCCCGUGCCUUCAUCAACGUCCGGACGGCGAACGGGACCAAGCGCCGGCACUUCCUCGACCACCGCGCGGACGGGCGGCGGACCGGAAGACGGAAGACGCCUAUGCAAAGAAGGAAGAGUCCGCCGCCCGUCGGACGGACGGGCAAUAACCCCGUGCGAACGAUUGUAUGGAAAUUCGUCUGGACGAAUAAAGUCUACUUCGUUUAAGUCUGGCCGCUUUCAUUAAUUAAAACAUCUGGCCACGAGUUGCGUAACUUUUCCGGCUUUUAUGAGAUUUUAAAAAUAACAGUUGUAUUGUUAAAGGUCGAGGUGGCGCGUCGUAUCGCCGGUAAGGUCGAAAUAUUUCGUAACAGAUGGCGCCACGCGCAAUUUUAAAGAGUUGGCCGGGAAAGUUACGCAACUCGUUACUGGAUUUAACUCGUGUCUAUUACAACAACCCUUUGUUUUAAAUCGGUGUUUCUGUAGAUUUAUCGGCGAUUACGCGAGAAGUCACGUAAACUAAUUAACUGCAGUGUUAUAGGAAUUGGAUAUUGUUUCAAACCUGGUAUUCGCUAACGAGGUAGACUGGCAAAACGAUACUUCUCUGUCUUCUAUCAUGAAAAUUUCGCUGGAUAACGUGGUUAAAAAUAGGUUCUUAUAUUGGCGUAUUAAUGAAGAAAGGGGAUUAAGUGUUAAAAGUAUUGAAUACCGGAAUGCUGAAAAGGCGUAGGGGCGCUCGGUUGUCGUCUAGAUGCGCCCCCUAUGCGUAUUCUUUGUCUACCGUUAUAAUGGAAUUCUGAAGGAAAUAAUUAACAAUACGGCUUCUCACUGUACGGCAAUAAAGUAAUAGAUUGGUGCGCCGCCAUUUAUAAGUUACGAGAAAGAUUAAAAACCGUAUUUUAAUGAAAGUUUCCAUUUAUGACAUCAUACAUCAAAGACGCGUUGGCACUUCGGUUUACACAAUGUAAAUCAUAUAAUAGUUUUUAUAUGUUAAAAUUUUCGAUAAAACAAUAUGACUUGUUUUUCUUUGUUCUUCCCCUCUUAAAACUUAUAUACGACAGAAACUCGAUUAUCCGAAAUGGUUUCGAAAAAUAAAAGGUAGAAUGUGUAGUGUUACACAGCAGAGUAUAAUAAACUCUCCACGUAACUGGGAAUUACUACGUCAUUUUCGAUCGUAGCGCCGCGAAACUAGGUCGGGUAUACGUGGCAUUUCGUUACGUUUCGAGUACAGUAAAUGCAUUGCGGUAUUUAUAAUUGGCGAACGUUUAAACGGUUUUACACACAAAAGCGAGUUUCUUUUUCUAAUCUUAAAGAACCAUGCAAGAAACUACUUUAUUCCCUUCGAAACACUAUUCAUUCUCGAUUUUAUCAACUUCUAUUCUAUUGGUACUAUGCGAUUACACAGGUUUUACUGUACAUAAUCUACCAUUUAAAUGGGGGUGUUUACGCUCGUAGGACACAAUAAUAAUAACUGAAAACAUCGUAAAAAGUGCAAGAGGGAAGGUCGAAUGAACCUUAAUUUUAUGGCUUUCCAGCCUUAAUGUCUAACAAAAGUACAGUCGACCGCCCCUAUAACACUGUUGAUAAUUCCGUUUUAUAUGAAUUCCAUGUUG